GCUGAGGUUUAUGUUUUGAUUUUUGAUAUUAAUUAACGAACCUUUGACAAAUUUAAUAUGAGGGACAAUAUAAUUGAAUAUUUAAAGGACCCCUUGCUUGUGGUCAAGGUGCAGAACUUUUUUGGUAUUGUAUAUAAAAGAAUAAACCAAACUGAUGAGGCAAGCGUGAUACAUUCCGAUAGAAUUGAUAAAGAUGAAGAUUUUGACAUUAAGCAGCAUAAGAGAAUACCCAGCGAUAUAUCAGGCAGUUCCCAGUCUUCAUACGAUACCGAAACGUCUGGAGAUAGCAACCCAGAUGAGCUCGAACUAACGAUAGGCAAUAAAUUCUGGUAUUAUUUAUUCGUUCUGGGAACAGCACUUGGGGAUGAAAUAUUUUAUGCAACAUUUAUACCAUUCUGGUUUUGGAACAUUGAUGGAGCAGUGGGCAGGAGGGUUGUGCUCGUUUGGACUGUUGUGAUGUAUAUAGGGCAGGGUUUCAAAGACAUUAUCCGAUGGCCGCGCCCAGGUUAUCCAGUGAAGAAGUUACAACAAAAAUGGGCGAUAGAAUACGGCAUGCCGUCCACGCAUGCAAUGGUUGGUGUAUCCAUACCAUUCUCCGUGUUGCUGUAUACGAUGGACAGAUAUCAGUAUCCAGUGCAUUGGGGUGUGGUCAUAGCAGUGUCGUGGUGUACUCUGAUCUGUGUGAGCAGGGUUUACCUGGGAAUGCAUAGUGUUCUGGAUAUCGCCGCAGGUCUACUGCUCUCUUCAUCACUACUAGUGGUCCUGGUGCCACUAGUAGACCGGCUGGAUGGUCUGCUGCUCACAGAGUUCUCAGCUCCACUGCUGGUGCUGGCUGUGUCCAUACUAGUCAUUGUGUACCAUCCGCAAUCUGAUAAGUGGACACCCACUAGAGGAGACACGACAAUGAUAGUGAGCGUGUGCGCCGGCAUCCUCAUCGGCUCCUGGACCAAUUACCAGCUCGGCAACAUGGCGGCCAGCGACCAUGCGCCGCCCUACGAGAUAAUAUGGCCCUCCGUGGAAAUGUUCGGCUGCAUGCUUCUGCGCACCACCCUGGGCUUCUGCGGGGUGCUGGCCACCAGGGCCUUUGCCAAGUCCUUCUCGUACGCCUUCGUGUGCGCCCUUCUCGGCAAGGACAAGAACGAGCUGAGAAACUCCGAGGACAGCCUCCACAACAAGAACAAAAUAUUCGUGGAGUGCUGCUAUAAGUACUUCACGUACGGCAUGAUCGGCUUCAACACCACCUACGUGUUCCCCAAUGUCUUCGAUAUGCUGAUGAUUAACAGGCCCACUUACUAUACGGAGAUUUGAUAGAGGCCUCUAGAGUGUGGAUGUGACGUUAGAGUUACAGUGUUAGUGUGGCUGCGCUGUGGUGUAGAUAUAUAUUGAAAAUGUGAUCAAAGGUACCGGGUGAUAUUUGUCUUCAAAUUUUAAUGUUAAUGUGGAAAGUGUUAGUGCAUGAUAGAAGUAAUUAAGUAUGGAGAGUGGAUGCCUAAUUUGAAUAUUUGCAUCACAAUUUAUUCAUCAUUUAUCUUAUUUUAGGCUCAAUAUAAAUGCUAAAUAGGAUUAUUUAUCUGAUUUCAAAAUAAUCAUCCGGUGAUCUACUGCCUAAAAUUCAUUUAAGAGAAGUUUGUUUUUUUGUUUUACAAUUUGUUAUUUUUACUAAUUGUUUUGUUUUUACUCAUUGGCACAUAUAUAGGUUUGUAUGUUUGUUUCGCGAACAUUCAAAUGUACUAAACCUAGCGCGAAAAAUUGAAGGGAAAUAAACACACAGUACUUAGUUGUGUAAGAAAGAUUGAAUGGGA